UCCAGCUGCUGCUGCUGUUUACUCUCAGGAUGGCUGUCCUUUUUGCAGAGAGUCUGGGGGCGAUCCGGGCCGCUCUGUCCGACCAGACCUGGAUACUUCUCAUCACUUUCCUGCUCCUGCUGGCCUGGUACAGUGUUUCACCAUAUAGGUUUUUUAAACAGCUUGGUGUUCCAGGCCCAAGACCACUGCCAUUCAUUGGAACAUUUCUACAUUAUAGAAAGGGUAUGUUUGGAUUUGACACAGAAUGCUACAAGAAGUAUGGGAAGCUGUGGGGCUUCUAUGAUGGACGCCAGCCCAUUCUAUCCAUUAUGGACCCUGACCUAAUUAAAACCAUCUUCAUCAAAGAAUUUUACACUUUGUUCACCAAUAGACGGGACUUUGUUCUGAAUGGACCACUGGCUGAGUCUAUCCUGAUUGUUCAAGAUGACCACUGGAAGAGAAUCCGAAGUGUGCUUUCGCCAACUUUCACCAGUGGGAGACUGAAAGAGAUGUGUCCAAUCAUCAGUCACUAUGCAGAAAAUCUUGUAAAGCAUGCAAAAAAGAAAGCAAAGCUGAAUGAAUCUGCUGACAUGAAAGAUAUCUUUGGUACAUACAGUAUGGAUGUGGUGACGAGCACUGCAUUCAGUGUGGAUGUCGACUCGAUCAACAAUCCCAAUGACCUGUUAAUUAGCAACAUCAAGAAACUGGUCGAGUUCAACUUCUUCAACCCGGUUCUUAUUCUUGCUUUGGUUUUUCCUGCUGUUAUUCCAAUCCUUGCGAAGCUUAAUUUUAGCUUCUUCCCCAGAGAUGUGAACGCAUUUUUAAUGAAUGUUCUAGCGAACUUGAAGGCAAAAAGACAAAAGGGAGUGCACACUGAUCGGGUGGAUUUCCUGCAGCUAAUGGUUGAUUCGCAAGUAACAAAUGUCAGCUCUGAGAAACAGAAUGGUGACAGCAAGUCGAUAGACAAAGGUCUAACGGACACAGAGAUUCUGGCACAGGCCAUGACAUUUAUCUUUGCUGGAUACGAGACCACCAGCAAUACACUAUCAUAUACUGCACACAACCUGGCAACACACCCAGACGUACAGAAGAAACUGCAGCAAGAGAUAGAUGAAGCUUUCCCAAACAAAGCUCCUCCCACAUACGAGGGAGUGAUGCAGUUGGAAUAUAUGGAAAUGGUGAUAUCUGAAACCCUACGAAUGUUCCCCCCUGCUCCCCGCAUUGACAGAGUGUGCAAGAAAGAUGUCCAGCUCAAUGGGAUAACAGUUCCAAAGGGGACUGUAGUCAUUGUUCCUGCCUAUGUUCUGCACCAUGAUCCAAAAUACUGGCCAGAGCCUGAAGAGUUUAGACCUGAAAGGUUCAGUAAAGAGAAUAGGGAGUCUCGGAAUCCAAAUAUCUUCUUGCCAUUUGGAGUGGGCCCUCGGAACUGCAUCGGGAUGCGAUUUGCUCAACUUAUGAUGAAGAUGGCACUUGCUUCAUUCUUGCAACAUUUGACCAUUGUGCCAUGCCAGGAGACAUCGAUCCCACUAGAACUGGAUGUGAAAGGACCCAUGCAUCCCAAAAAACCCGUGAUCCUGAAAUUUGUGCCACGGGUGAAUGCUGAUUCAAUGGAAUAAGGCAGUGGCCCACUUGGAGUUGUUAAAAUAUUUAGGAGCGUGAAUGCCUUGAACUGAAGAGAAAUGGGCCGUGUCACUGCAAAGGAAAUGAAAAUACAUGGAUAACCAAUCAGUCUGUCUCAUCAGAGGAAACCAGGAUUAAGUGAUGAGGAUCUAUGAUCUUUCUCCAGUUGCUGUGACUGAAUGUUUGAGUGUUUUUAGAAAGAUAUUAUAAUUGAUUAUUCAAUAGAAAAAACAUUUCAAAGUAGUUUGUCCAAUUAGUAGAAUGUUAAAUGUAUUUUUAAAAAUAUUCUUGAUAUUUUAAUGAAUCAUUCUGUGCUGACAAAUUAUUUGAUAGAUGGAUAGACAUUAUUUCUAUUAUACGAAGUGUAUUUGAAUGAAAACAUCUCCCAAGGGUUUCUUAUUAAUUGUACAUUUUCAGUCUUAAGCAACUUUGUAUUUAUAAUUUUAAAAAGUGCCAUAUCCAAUUUUUACUAGUUGCCUGAAUUCUAAUUUUUUGGCAAAUGAAAUGAAUCUGAUAAACACAGGGCUUGUAGAGUACCUGUACUAUUUAAUCUGCACCCAAACCCACUGAGACAGAUCACAUGCAAACUUUAUCCUGCGAUUGUCUCAAAAUGCAGUGAAGCAUGAAAUAUGUUGCUGACUGGCCCAGGAUAUUCAUGGCCAUUAUGAUAGAUGGCUAGUCUGUAGCUCUUAAUGCUGGUACAAUGACUGUACUUGGGGAUACAUGGACUGGACCAGGAUGCCUCUCUGGGCUCUGAAUUCACUGUCAGUGCUUACUCUUUGGGUCUAUUUGGAUGCUCACAGUGUCUCUGCCCCGCGUUUUCACACCUUGCUAUUACUGUUGAUAUAGGGGGAGAGGCGGUCUGAGAGGAUAGGCAGCACAGGGGGCAUGCUGGGUAUCAGGCACUGGGGUUUGUGAAGGCAUGUGGGAAAAUGUUACAGGAAUUGGCGAUGGAUGUAGAGCUUGAGCCUUGGUGAGGUGGAUACAGUAGCAAGGAGAGAGAGAGAGUGUGAGGUAUUAGAGAGAAGAUGGUCAUCCUAAAUGAUCUAUGCAGCUUCGUGAUUGACUUACUGCAACUCCCCAGACAUUUUGCAUUGAAUUGCACAACUGUGGGCCACUCCCUGGAAUGCAGAGACAUUGAUGAAACAAAACAGAAGUUGUUGGAAAAGCUUAGCAGGUCUCACUGCCUCUGUGAAGAGAAAUAAAAGUUAACCUUUCGGGUCUGAUGACCCUUCCUCAAAACUGAUGGGGGCUGGGAAAAUGUCAGAUUACAUGCAUAAAGUAGGGGAGGGGAGUAAGGAGUAAAUGAUACCUAGGAACAGAGCCCAAAAGAAAGAACAGUUGGACAAAUGAAAAAGAAGAUCAUGGUAAACUGAGGAGAAUGAAUAACUGCUAAUGGGUUGUUAGUAGCUAACAAUAGUUAGUGUAUCAUGUGAUAAGGCCUGAUGUGUUCAAUAGGGGGCAAGGACUUGGGGGAGUUGAGCCCUAAAGUGAUUGAACCUCUAUUGAGACCAGAUGGCUGCAGAGUCCCAACGUAGAAAAUGAGGUGAUCUUUCAGCUUAUGCUGAGCUUCGCAUUAGUACCUCAGCAAGCCUGCGACAGAGAUGUUGCCAGGGAACAGGAUGUUGUGCUAAAGUGGCAGGCAACUGGAAGCUCAGUCUUUUUUGCGGGCAAUAUGUAGAUGUUAGAGCACAGAUGUUAAUCAGAGCUAUAGAUGGCCCUGCCCUGAUUACCCAAAUGGUGAUCGUUCAACUAGUCAUGUUCAAUUCCCUGACUGAUACCGGAAGCUGCCUUUGACUUACUGUGCAGGACCCCUCAGUGAAAGCUGUCUCCCUUGGUUUGACUGAGGUCUACUUCUAGUGGACUUUAAGACAACUAAAGUAUGUUUCGUAUGCUUUGUAUGCUGCUGACACAUUCUGCAUUAUGACACUGAUCUCGGGUGGCAUGUACAGCAACAUAUCCACCCUUGACAGAUCACUUGGCAAGCUGCCUGUGUCUGCACUAAAUGGCAAAGUCAUACACAAGUACUGUCAGUAUCCAAGUCGGCACGAAGUGAGUGUUCAGAGAGCGAGCAAGAAGCCCGGCGACACAGUCAGUCCAAUCAUCAGGAAGUUGGUGGCUAUCCCUCAGCACAGUAUGUGCUGGUAGGAGCACUUCAAUUCAAGGUGUCAAUGUGCUCCAAACUGUUAGCUAAAUGCACAAUCUUUCACUGAAUUGUUACAAUCUUAGCAGAAAUUGUUAACUUGUUGAAAAGUCAUUUGAAUUACUGGCAAUCAAUUAAAAAGACUACACAAUCCGAUUCACACUUUAAACAUACUCUUACUGUUACAAAUGUUAAAACAAAACACUCUUAGUCUCAGUCAGAACAAUACAUAAUCGAUAACACUUGUUUCUCAAACACCGGUUAUGUGGAUACUUACAUCUUAGUUACAUUGGAAUGAAGAUUCAGAUUUAAAUUGUAAAUCUGAAUUUUGUUUUGGGUAACAGUGAUAUCCUGAUUGUCAUGGUAAAUAAGAGGAAAGUCUUAACACCAAACAUAAGAAACACAAAUAAUGGCAGCUUUGAAUUAUUAAUUGUGUGAAUUUGAAUUUGGGAUAUUUUAGAGGACUUUGGUUGUUUAAUCAUU